AUGUCUGCAACAACUGCAUUCGUCCUGACGGCCUCCGUACGCCCAUAUCCCCAAUCCCGUUCUCCGCGCAUGUGUCAGUCGCGGCCUCCAUCUCCCCCGCCACCCGUCUCGCGGCGGCAGUUCGGCGCUCUGCUCGUGGCGCUAUCCAGCCUAGCUUUGCCACGCCGCGCGUCGGCACGGGAGGGAGUGAACCGUCCCGAGCUGCUGCCGUCCGAGCAGACACCGGUGAUAGACCUGGAGCGUUUCCUGGCGACUGGAGAGGUACGGCGCCUGCGCGACCGGGUGUCGGACCUGGAGAAGCGCACGGGGUUCAAGGUGCGCGUGCUCACGCAGCGCUUCCCGCAGACGCCGGGGCUUGCCAUCCGCGACUACUGGGGCGUGGAUGAUGACACGGUCGUCAUGGUGGCGGAUUACUUCGGCGGCUCGCAGCUGCUCAAGUUUAACGUGGGGAAGAACGUGGAUAAGCUGCUUCCGCCCAGGUUUUGGAGCAAUCUCAGUGCCAAUUACGGAAACAAGUUUUAUACGGACAAGAAUGGAGAGGCGGCUGCAAUUGUUAAUUCCGUCGAGUCAAUUCGCGUUUGCUUGUUGAGGAAUGGGUGCGCCACGCCUCCCAAUUUGGAAACGGCGCUUUGA